GGGGUUGUUAAAAAAUAAAUAUAAGGGCGGCCAUCUUUGUUUCUCUGCCUUGUAGUGUAAAAUAUUCCAAAACGCCCCCCACUUUUUGUGUGUCGAUUUGAAUAUUACAUAAAUAUCAUAAUUUGGAAGGAAUACACUUUUAGAUCUCGCGGAACGGGGUCACCGACGGGAAUAUAAUGUCCUCUCUUCUCCGUUCUUGUGAGGAAGAUGAGGGCACGGCGGUUAAUUCCGAGGGAGGAGAUUUUGAUGAAGAAGAAGAAGACGACGGGGACCUGGACGAGAACGCAAGCGACAUAAACUCACCGGCGGCGCCUCGAGAAACUGCAGCAAGAGCCGCGCCAGAUGAUGGAGACGACAUUGGCGAGGCAUCGGACAGGGACAACCUGGGGAAAAAGAAACGAGGGCCUAAGAAAAAGAAAGAGACGAAGAAGAAAGACAAGGAGAAAGAGGGAAAGAUCGCCAAAGCACGCAAGCGGAAAAAAAUUGAGAGUGACAUAGAGAGAGACUCAGAGCCGGACUAUGCCAUGAACUCUGACAGUGCUGCCAGUGAUUAUGGAGGGGAGAAGAAAAAGAAGAAGAAACACAAGGACAAGAAGGAGAAGAAAACCAAGAAAAAGAAGAAAGAGGAUGAAGACAGCACGCAUGAAGAGACCACAAAGCCGGUAGAGAUGAAAACAUCAGCCCAGCUGGCGAGAGAGUGGGGACUUGAGGAUGUUGAUCACACAUUCACAGAAGAAGAUUACCGCACGUUAACCAACUACAAAGCCUUCAGCCAGUUCCUCAGGCCCAUGAUUGCUAAGAAGAACCCUAAAAUCCCCAUGUCCAAGAUGAUGACCAUUCUUGGGGCCAAAUGGCGGGAGUUCAGCUCCAAUAAUCCAUUCAAGGGUUCGGCAGCAGCCGUCGCUGCAGCUGCUGCCGCUGCGGCUGCAGCCGUUGCCGAGCAGGUCUCCGCAGCAACAGCCUCGCCCGAACCUCCACCUCAACCACCUCCACUACGCAAGGCCAAGACCAAAGAGGGCAAAGGCCCUGGCUACAAGAAACGAAGUAAGAGCCCUCGUGUCUCCGACAAGAAGAAGCCAAAACCCAAGAAAAUGGCUCCCCUGCGCAUUAAACUGGGAGCGAUUGGUAACAAGAGGAAGAAGAGCAGUUCAAGUGAGGAGGUGGAUGAGGACGACUCUGAGCAGGAAAACUCCAGCGUUCACAGUUCAUCAGUCCGCUCUGACAGCUCAGGACGGGUCAAAAAGAAUAAAAGGGGUCGCCCCGCCAAGAAGAAGAAAAAGGCGCUGGGCGAUGAGGAUGGUGAUGGCUAUGAGACUGACCAUCAGGAUUACUGCGAGGUGUGUCAGCAGGGAGGAGAGAUCAUUCUGUGUGAUACCUGUCCCAGAGCUUAUCACCUGGUGUGCCUUGAACCUGAGCUGGAGAAAGCACCUGAGGGCAAGUGGAGCUGCCCUCACUGCGAGAAAGAAGGGAUCCAGUGGGAAGCAAAAGAAGAAGACUUUGAGGAAUUUGAAGAGGAGUGUGACGAUGUGCGGGAUGUGGAGUCAGGGCUUGGUGGAGAGGAAGAGGAGGAUGACCACAUGGAGUUCUGUCGAGUUUGUAAAGACGGAGGAGAGCUGUUGUGUUGUGACUCCUGUCCGUCAUCUUAUCACAUUCACUGCCUGAAUCCUCCACUGCCCGAAAUCCCCAAUGGAGAAUGGCUCUGUCCACGCUGCACUUGUCCACCAAUCAAAGGACGAGUGCAAAAAAUCCUGCACUGGCGAUGGGGUGAACCUCCACCCCCAGUUCCCGUCCCUCCACCUCCAGACGCACCUCCUGAUGCCCCGCCCCCUCCACCCAUGAAGGGUCGUCCUGAGCGGGAAUUCUUUGUGAAGCUGACGGCACAGUCCUACUGGCACUGCACCUGGAUUACUGAGCUACAGCUCGAGAUCUUCCAUUCGGUGAUGUUCCGCAACUAUCAGAGGAAAACGGACAUGGAUGAGCCGCCCAGCCUUGACUACGGCUCUGGGGGAGAGGAGGAUUCUGGGAAGAGUGAGAAGCGGAGGGCUAAAGACCCCCAAUACGCCAUUCUAGAGGAGAAGUACUACCGUUAUGGAAUAAAGCCAGAGUGGAUGAUGGUGCACAGGAUAAUCAAUCACAGUGUGGAUAAGAAAGGCAACUACCACUAUCUGGUUAAAUGGAGAGACCUGACCUAUGACCAGUGCACCUGGGAGAGAGAUGAGCUGGACAUCCCUGAGUUUGCUCUGCACAAAACGGCAUACUGGAGACACAGGGAGGCAGUAAUGAAGGAAGAUCCAGAGAAGCCUAGGAAGAUGAGGAGGAGAGAGGAGAACGAUGAAGCUCCAAGCACGCCUGUUAAUGAUCCCACGAUCAAGUAUGAGGAGCAGCCAGAGUUUGUGACGGAGACAGGAGGAACGCUGCACCUCUACCAGCUGGAAGGCCUGAACUGGCUGCGCUUCUCCUGGGCUCAGGGCACAGACACCAUCCUGGCUGAUGAAAUGGGUCUGGGCAAAACCAUCCAGACCAUUGUAUUCCUCUACUCCCUGUUUAAAGAGGGUCACACUAAAGGGCCGUUCCUGGUGAGCGCACCGCUGUCCACAAUCAUUAACUGGGAGAGAGAGUUUGAGAUGUGGGCUCCUGACUUCUAUGUUGUCACUUACACCGGAGACAAGGACAGCCGGGCCAUCAUCCGCGAAAACGAGUUCACUUUUGAUGACACGGCUGUAAAGGGAGGAAAGAAAGCCUUCAAAUUACGGAGAGAAGCACCUAUUAAGUUCCAUGUUUUACUGACGUCAUACGAGCUUGUGACCAUAGACCAGAACGUUCUUAAGUCCAUUGACUGGGCCUGUCUUGUAGUGGAUGAAGCUCACCGCCUCAAAAACAACCAGUCUAAGUUCUUCAGGAGACUGAACGACUAUAAGAUAGACCAUAAGCUGCUGCUAACAGGAACUCCACUCCAGAACAACCUGGAAGAGCUUUUCCACCUGCUUAACUUCCUGACACCCAACCGCUUCAACAAUCUGGAGGGUUUUCUAGAGGAGUUUGCGGACAUCUCUAAAGAGGACCAGAUCAAGAAACUGCAUGACCUGCUCGGCCCUCACAUGCUGCGGAGACUCAAAGCUGAUGUGUUUAAAAACAUGCCAGCAAAAACGGAGCUGAUCGUCCGAGUGGAGCUCAGCCCCAUGCAGAAAAAAUACUACAAGUUCAUUCUGACGCGUAACUUCGAGGCGCUGAAUUCCAAGGGAGGAGGGAACCAGGUGUCUCUGCUCAACAUUAUGAUGGACCUAAAAAAGUGCUGCAACCACCCCUACCUCUUCCCCGUCGCUGCUGCCGAAGCUCCCAAGACACCGAGUGGAGCGUAUGAAGGUGUUGGGCUUACCAAGGCCUCUGGGAAACUCAUGCUGCUGCAGAAAAUGCUCCGAAAACUGAAAGAACAAGGCCACCGGGUGUUAGUGUUCUCUCAGAUGACCAAGAUGCUGGAUUUGCUGGAGGACUUCCUGGAUUCUGAGGGUUAUAAAUAUGAGCGGAUAGAUGGAGGCAUCACUGGAGCUCUCCGUCAGGAAGCCAUCGACAGAUUCAAUGCUCCUGGUGCGGUUCAGUUUUGUUUUCUCCUCUCUACGCGAGCGGGUGGUCUGGGCAUCAACUUGGCCACUGCGGACACAGUCAUCAUCUUUGACUCGGACUGGAAUCCUCAUAAUGACAUACAGGCCUUCAGUCGAGCUCACCGCAUCGGUCAGGCCAAUAAGGUGAUGAUAUACCGCUUUGUGACUCGAGCUUCAGUUGAGGAGCGAAUCACGCAGGUGGCCAAAAGAAAGAUGAUGCUCACACACCUGGUGGUGCGGCCCGGAUUGGGCUCAAAAGCAGGAUCCAUGUCCAAACAAGAGCUGGACGACAUCCUCAAGUUUGGCACAGAGGAGCUUUUCAAAGAUGAGAUUGAGGCAGGGGACAAUAAAGAUGAUGAUAUGAGUGUAAUACACUACGAUAAUGCAGCCAUCGAGCGUCUGCUGGACCGCAGUCAGGAUGCCACCGACGACUCUGACAUGCAGAACAUGAACGAGUAUCUGAGCUCCUUCAAGGUGGCCCAGUACACUGUCAAAGAGGAUGACAAGAUAGAGGAAAUUGAGAGAGAAAUCAUUAAGCAGGAAGAGAAUGUGGAUCCUGAUUAUUGGGAGAAACUCCUGAGGCAUCACUACGAGCAGCAGCAGGAGGAUCUGGCCCGCAAUCUCGGCAAAGGAAAGAGAGUUCGCAAACAGGUCAACUACAAUGAUGCAGCUCAAGAGGACCAAGAGUGGCAUGCUGACAUUUCAGAUAACCAAUCAGAGUACUCUGUUGGCUCGGAGGAGGAAGAUGAAGACUUUGACGAGAGACCUGAGGGUCGCAGACAGUCACGCAGGCAACUUCGAAACGAGAAGGACAAACCACUGCCACCCCUUUUGGCCAGAGUUGGCGGCAACAUUGAGGUAUUGGGCUUUAAUACGCGUCAGAGAAAAGCCUUCCUGAAUGCCAUCAUGAGAUGGGGGAUGCCUGCUCAGGACGCCUUCUCUUCUCAGUGGCUCGUGCGGGACCUCCGCGGCAAGAGCGAGAAAGAGUUCAAGGCAUAUGUGUCGCUCUUCAUGAGGCAUCUCUGUGAGCCAGUGGCUGAUGGUUCCGAGACGUUUGCUGAUGGCGUCCCACGGGAGGGGCUCUGCAGGCAGCCGGUCCUCACACGUAUAGGAGUCAUGUCUCUGGUCAAGAAGAAGGUGCAAGAGUUUGAACAUAUCAAUGGGAAAUGGAGCAUGCCUGAGCUGAAGCCAGAGAUCACCGUUGACUCUAAGAAAUCCUCAAGAGCCUCUUCGCCCACCAUCAAGACAGACACUCCCACACCUGAACUGAGCUGCAACAACACACCCUGCACCUCCAAACCAGCCACCCCCUCUCCACCUGACAAGACGGAGAAGAGCGCAAAAGAGGCAGAGAAAGAUGAGGCCGAGUCCCUGACAGAACCAGAGAGAGAGCGAGAGAAGGAAAAAGCGAAAGAAGCAAAGGAGGGAGAGAGUGUGGAGAGCACAGAACACGGAGAAGCUACAGGGAACGAGGGUGAGAAAGAUCCAAUAACCAGUGAAAAAUCUCAGACAUCUGAAAGUCCAGCAGCGGCAGCUUCUGAUGACUCAAAAACUAAAGAAAAUCCUGACAUCUCUCAGUCUCCACCAAAAGAAAAGAAUGAGAAGGAGAAACAAGAGGAGGAGGAGGGCAAGGAAAAAGAGCCCUCCACCGAGAAACCGUCUGAUUCUCCAUCUGUUAAAGAAGAGAGCAAAGAGGCUCUGAAAGGUGACAAAAAAGAAAAGGCUGGAGAAGAGAAGGAGAAAACUGAAGCAUCGUCCCCUCCCUCAGAAACAACAGAGAAGAAGGACAAAUUAGAUCAGUCGUCUGAGGUCAAAAAAGAGGAGGUGAAGGGUGAAAGGGAUGCUGGGAAGGAGGUCAGAGUGCAGAGGGAGGAGGUGCCCAAAGUUAUCAGCAGACCAGCAGAGCGUCCACGGUUCAUGUUCAACAUCGCAGAUGGAGGAUUCACAGAGCUCCACACUCUCUGGCAGAAUGAGGAGCGGGCAGCUAUUUCAUCAGGCAAGAUCAACGAGAUCUGGCACCGGCGGCACGACUUCUGGCUGCUUUCAGGAAUCGUGUGUCAUGGCUACGCACGGUGGCAGGACAUUCAGAAUGACCCGCAGUUUGCAAUCAUAAAUGAACCCUUCAAAACUCAAGCCAACAAAGGAAACUUCUUAGAGAUGAAAAACAAGUUCCUGGCAAGACGGUUCAAGUUGCUGGAGCAGGCCCUGGUAAUCGAGGAGCAGCUGCGUCGGGCUGCCUACCUCAACAUGACCCAGGACCCCACUCACCCGGCCAUGGCCUUGAACGCCCGCUUUGCUGAGGUCGAAUGUCUCGCUGAAUCCCAUCAGCAUCUCAGCAAGGAGUCGCUCGCAGGAAACAAACCUGCCAAUGCCGUCUUGCACAAGGUGCUAAACCAGUUGGAGGAGCUUCUGAGUGACAUGAAGGCAGACGUAACGCGGCUCCCAGCCACACUGUCCAGAGUCCCGCCGAUCACAGCCCGUCUGCAGAUGUCCGAGAGAAGCAUCCUCAGUAGACUGGCCAACAAGGGCAACGAGACACACACACCGCCGCCUAUUCCUCCAGGCCCGUACGCCACCCCGCAGAACUUCGGCCCUCCCUUCACACCUGCACCCUCAGCUGCCCUCGCUCUGGCCGGAGCAAACUACAGCCAGAUGCCACCCGGAUCCUUCAUAUCAGAAGCUCCGUCCUGCCUGAAGACCAAGGAGCAUGACGUGCUGCAGCGCCAGAGGGUAGUGGACCUGUGGAAGGACGGCAAGUCGGAAGGGACAAUUGGGCAGGAGCUUCGCAUGCCCAAAUCCACCGUACACAGCAUCAUUGUAAAGUAUCGCCUCAGCAACACUGUGGAGAACCUGCCGCGCAACGGACGCCCCAAAAAACCCUGAUCUGAACAAGCGAAGAAGAAAGGGACUGUGUGGGAAUGUGUGGGGCCGAUAAAUUGGAUGGGAGGGUACACAAAGGUGGGAAUGUCUAAAAAUAUUGCAGCAAGCUAGGAAGAGCUACUGGACUUCUUGAGAAGAGGUGAAAUGGUUAAUAAUAGACAAAAAAAAAGAAGUAGGGAAAAAGGGAGCUGAAACAAGAGCCGCUUGGACGACAAAAACACAGACCUCUUCUUCCACUUCUGCUCUUUCCAGUGCUUUUUCCCUUCUUUCUUUCUAUCUCUCUCCCUUCCACUCUCACUCUGUCUCCCCUUGCCCCCUCCAUUCCCUUCCCUUUCAUCUGUCGGUCCGAGAGAAGUCUCAGCAGAUUAAUUUUUCAUUUGGCCGAAGGAGCGAGAGUGCUCGUUUAAGUGCCCGAAUCCUUCCCUCCCUAAUUCCAUCGCAAAUCACUAUUUCUCUGCAUCCCUUUAUACAGCAUCUCCUUUAUCAUUUAUCCUUCUCUCUUUCACAUGCACCCAAUGUCAGAAGUGAAGGAUUCCAAAGACUGAUGUUUUUCCAAAAUACCACAAGUUUGCUUUCUGUCAUUAAAACGCCUGUCCCAAUCAAAACUGCUUUGAAGCUGAGGCACAGUGAAGUGGAACUAUCUUUUUUUUUCCUGCGGACCUCUUGAAAAAUCCUCCAGCCGUGGACUCUCUGCAUGCCGAAAAACAGGACUGUGAAAUGUUACAGUGGCAUGAAACUGCUCCACUUAUAUACUGUAUGAAGACAUAUAUAUCUGCAACCUGACCAGAGUGGGGAUGCAGAAAGAAAUAUAUCUGUGCCUGAUCUGGGAUCAGUUUUAAGAUUAAUCAUGUCUGAGUCAGAAGACCUCCGUGCUGAGUGUGCAUACGACUCAACCUGUCUGACCAAAUUCCUGCACUGUCUAAGAGCCAGAUUCAAUCCCCGGUGGGACGUUUAUACAGUACACCACUGUUGUAUGAGAACUCCCUGCAUUCUGCAAAAAUGCACAAACACACCCACGUGUGCACACACACUCACACUGGAGAGCCACUUAAGCAGCUCUUUAUUUUCCACCACGUGGUGGUGUGUUUUAUUGUCGAGGCUGAGUGUGUGCGCAUGGUCUUGCAUUAUGAGUGAUCUGAAGCUAAUUGUGCGUUUGUUCAUGUUCGGAUGGGUUGAUACUGUACAAGUGAAGAUUCAGGGUUGCUUGCUUGUGUGUGUGUGAGAGCGAGUGAUUAAUUGUAUGAGUGUUCUGGUUGUUUGGACAGGCUGGGUCAUUGAGGCCAGCUGCCAUAUCUGCUUGUUUUUCUGGUUUACUGAGAGGUAGAGGGACUGGUUGAGGCAGGCUGGUGUGCACCAGCAACAUUUGUUGCCGGCAGAUAAUAUUUGGUUUAGAGAAAGUGGCAUGCAAAAGACUGAUGCUUGAAAGAAAGACAACAUGAGAAAGGCAGCAGCUGAGUAAGCAGUUAUUAUGGCUGGCUAACAGGUUUUUUUUGAUAAUUAAUCUGUUAGUUCUCCAACAUCUUCCCUUGGAUUCUCAUCAAAUCAUGAGCAAUAUAGAUUACAUUUAAUCUUAAUAUUUAUUCAUGAAAAUCAGCCUUUUCUUUUGGUGAUUUAUUGCUUAAGAAACAUUUA